AUGCCAAUUGGUAAAAUCCAGCAGCAAAAGAGGCUGGUGGAGCAACUGCCGGUUGUCAAGGCUGGCGCUGCUGUGCACCGCCUGCUUCGGGUGUACGUACACCGCAAUUUACUUCUUCGGGAUGAGGCCCCUCAAGCAGCAGCAAAAAGAGGGGGGCCCCCGGGGGGCCCCCGUGGGGGCCCCCCGGGGGGCCCCCCUGGGGGCCCCCUGGGUUGCGACACCCAAGACGCACACACCCCAUAUCCCCAGCAGCAGCAGCAGCAGCAGCAGCAGCAACAGCAGCAGCAGCAACAGCAGCAGCAGCAGCAGCAGCAGCGGCAUGCAGGUUUUGGGGGCCCCCCUAUUGAGCCUUUAGGGGCCCCUGGGGAAGGGUUCUGGGGGCCCCCAGAGGCCCAGAACCCACUGUGGGGCGCGGAGUGGCUCAGCCACUUGGGGCCGCUGCUGCUGCCGCUGCUGCUGGAGGCCCAAAUUGAGCCUUGCCCGGUGCAGCAGCUGCAGCAGCAGCAGCAGCAGCAGCAGCAGCAGCAGGGGGCUGUGCUGCUGCAGGAGGAGCAGACGCAGGCAAUAGCAACACUUGAGGCCUUGACUUGCACGCGGCCGGCGCGACGGCGCUUCAUAGAGCGGCAUAGUCAGAUUUCAGAGGACCCUGCUGCUGCUGCUGCUGCUGCUGCUGCUGCUGCUGCCCCUGCUGCUGCUGUUGCUGCUGCGGGGAAUAGACUGCUGCGUCUGCUGCUGAGGGAGCUUUUAGUGGACGUGAAAAGGCAGUCCUCGCAGCUGCCGACGACUGCAGCAGCAGCAGCAGCAGCAGGUCCAGCAACAGCAGCAGCAGCAGCAGCAACGUGCAAGGACUCCAGCAGCGACAAAGGUAGAACUGCAGCAGGCGAUAAAGAUGCAGCAGCCCCAGAGCAGCAGCAGCAGCAGCAGCAGCAGCAGCAGCAGCAGCAGCAGGUUGCUAGCCGGUACAGCGCAUCACAAAGGGUUUCGCUGCUGCGUCUUAUCUUCAGGCUGCUUGAUGUGAUACCGGCAGAGUGCAAAGAAAACAGCAGCAGCAUCAUCAGCAACGAGCUGCUGCCACCCGCCAGCGCAGGCGCCAACAAGCAGCAGCAGCAGCAGCAGCAGCAGCAGCAGCAGCGGGCAGAACCUGCAGCAGCAGCAGCAGAAGCAGCAGCAGCACCAACAGAAGCAAGGCCUGUUCUCAACUUCCUGACGGACCCCGCCACGGUGUACAGACACCGCAACCCCAUUGCGAACUUGGGAUUUACACUGCGUAGAUCUACACUAAGGGCUAAGCGCAGCAGCAGCAGCAGCAGCAGCAACAGCAACAGCAACAGCAACAGCAGCAGCAGCAGCAGCAGCAGCAGUAAUAGUAGUGGCGGCGGCAGCAACGGCACCGAAACCACGUCGAAAACGGGAGUAGCAGCAGCUGCUGCAGUAAUAACGGCGCCUACCGCGCUAGCAGCAGCAGCAGCAGCAGCAGCAACAGCACUAACAGCAGCAGCAGCAGCAGCAGCAACAGCAGCAGAGCUGCAGCAGCUGCUGCAGCAAAACGAAGAGCCCAUCGGGGUGCGGCGGGGGCCCCCCUUGAGGGUCAAAGAAAAGGCGCAGCAAGCAGCAGCAGCAGCAGCACUUGUUGCUGCUGCUGCUGCAGGCAGCGCUUUGUGGCGAAUGGAAGCAGCAGAACUUUCUCUCAAGAACGCGGGGAAGGUGAGCCCAGCAGCAACAGCAGCAGCAACAGCAGCAGCAGCAGCAGCAGCAGCAGCAGCAGUAGCAACAGCAGUAGCAGCAGCAGCAGCAGUGGCAACAGCAGCAGUAGCAGCAGCAGCAGCAGCAGUAGCAACAGCAGCAGGCACGGAGUUGAGCGUUCGCUGCUUGUGA